AUGGUCAUAUUGUUUCUAGCUUAUUUCCUUGCGUCCUUUAUAAAAAACAGAAAAAAUAAUAUCAUAUACAGUGACAUUAUCUCCUUCAACAAUUUAAAUGAAGAAAAAAAUUUGCGAUACUAUGGGUCGAAUAGUUCGAACAAGUGCUACUUGUGGUACUACCUUAGCGAGAACUUCUUUGAUAUUGUUUAUUUGGGAGGAAAUGGCCAUGCAGCAAAAAGGAAAAAGAUAGACAAGUUGGAAAAAAAAAAAACCCCUUUGGGACGGGGUGAAAGGCAAGAAGAUGAUCAUACAAAAAGCACCAUCAUCAGGAGUGAUAAUGUAUGUACAAGUGAAAUUUUAAUUCUAUUGAAUAUAAGAAAAGAUACUUGUAAAUCUGCUUCAUCAUUCAUAGUGCGAGUAAAUAAUGAAGGAAAAGAAAAGAGAUACAUUGCAGUGGAAUAUCUAGUAAGUAACCAAUUGUAUAUGACAAACAAUGAAAUCAUUACGUAUGUGAAUGAAAAAGUAAGGAAAAAUGUGUAUGUAAUAUCGAAUAAUGGAAAAAAGAUAAACAUAUCAGAAAAUAACCUUUUUACUGUAUACUUCGAUGAGGCAUAUAUCAAAUAUGCACAUGUUAGACAUGAAAAAGGAGAGCUAGAAUUACAACUGAAAACAACAAAAAAGGCUGGAAUAACGAAAGUUAUUAUAGUUCUACCGAACAAGUGUAAACCCAUAUUUUUUGUCUGUACUGUUUUUGUGUAUGAACCAUUUUCCUUACUUCCUCAUGGAUUAAACUUUCCGGAAGGGGCUCUUAUUAAGUUGGUCUUAAGAAGGGAAAUUCAACCACAUGACAAGAGCGAUAGUAAUGAUAAUAUAACAUGCACAGUUCAUAAGAAGAGACAUAUUUUGAAAACUCUGUCCAUAUGGAGAAAAGUAAUAGACGCUGAAUUGCUAACGUCAAGAUUGCAAAACAGGAAUAUUAUAAAACGUAGAAUAAAUGACAAAAGUCUAACGAAUUGCUUGAGUAAGAAUUACAUAACAAGUUUUCAAAAUAUGUACAGAAUUCAGCCGAGCACAAGUUAUGAUAUAAUAUCGGAUGAAAUGGUAAGAAUUAAAAAAAGCACGGAUGGAAAAAGCACGGAUGGAAGAAAUGUAAAAAUUGUUGUUAAAAGUUUGAAGACUAGGCAAAUUUUUUCUUCCUUUAUACAUGUACAUGAAGUAAAAAAAAUCAAACUCGUAUGCCUUGGUCAAACCAGAAGGAUAGGCAUCCAAAAUAAGAACAUUUUCAAUUCUUUUUCAAACUGGAAGGAAAAAAAUUUAAUAGAAGAGGAAAUUAACCAAUUGAAAAAUCAUUUUUUUUAUAAAAAAAACUACUAUUUUGAUAACUUACAUAUUUAUUCUUAUUUUCAAAUGAAUAAACAAGUGGGGAAAAAAGAAAAAUUUAUACAUAAUAGAAAAUACCUUUGUCUUAUCCAAUUAUAUGCAGAAAGGAAUAUAAAAUUAUAUGACAUAUUCAACGAACGAGAUGUCAAAUUGGCAUUCUCUUCGAAAAAAUCAAAGUUAAAUAUCCAUUCAUUGUAUAUCUUCCCAGAACAUGGAGCAUAUUAUUUUAUCCCUAUUUAUAAGAGAGCAGAAAUGGUUUCUUUUCAAAUGAGUUACAUGAAAGAUCACAAAAUUAGCAAAGAUAUCGAAAUAUUCAGACCUGUAAAAUGUUACAUGAAGGGGACUACUCUAUUAAUGUCUACCAUUUUUGUACUACCAGGUGAAACCCUUUUUUACUAUUGCACAGGGGGAGGAAGUGUCACAUUACUAAGUACCAAGAAAUAUAUUGUCAACAUAUUCAAUAACUCAAGCUAUUUAGAUAUUUCUUCAAAUGAAAUGAGUAUAAACAUAUCGAUAAAAAGUGAUGGGACUAAUGUUAAGAGUACCACAGACUUGAAUUGUCCCAAAAGGAGGAAAGACAAAAAAUUCGCCCAAAAAAAAAUUUUCACUUCAAUUUACAUACUAUUUUGUGAUGACGAACAUUUAAAUAACUGCUUUGUUUGCACUGCCUAUAUAGUAGAUCGAGUUACCAACCUUUCAGCUAUUGUUGAAAAGAGUACACUAGAAGUGAAUGAAGUUACGAAUGUGUAUAUUUUUAUGCACUUGGACAAUGUUACGCUAUUGCCUUUUUUUUUAGAUGAUAUUACUUUACAAAAUAGGGAAAAAAAGGAACAACUCAGAAAGUUGGAGAAUUGCCAAAGGAACUACAGAGAAAGUGAACGAAAUGGUCUCAUAGUCCUUCAUCACAAUGGCACGUAUAGGAAUGGGCAACAUCACACAGACUAUGAAAAUAAUGAUCGAAGGAAGUACACUCCUUUAAGCAGCUGCUUCAAUGAAGUGAAAAAUCAUAUGCUAAUAGAACAUGACCCAGAGUCUCUGAUAGUAAUUAACAAAUAUUUAAAAUUUACCAAUUUGCCAAAUGAGUAUAAAAACGCAUGUGCAUUUUAUCAAAUUAAAGGAAAAGCAGAGAGAAAAAAAAGUGUCCUUCAAAUGAAAUGCAAAAAAGACAACAAUGUUAGAACUGAAGUAAGUGUACAAAUUUAUAAAAAAAUCGGAGCUCUUUUUUGUCACGAUUUUGUAUGUAGUAAAUUUAUCAAGUUUGACCAAAUGAUUGACCUUAUCGUGUAUAAUGGAUUUUCAGACAUUUCAUACAAAGUGAAUAUUUCAUUCGAAUCCAAUAUUAGUGAAUUACAUUUAAGGAAAAAUAAAUACAUGAAUGAAAGAAGUGGUAUACCUAUUUCUGCUUGCAUAUUUUAUAAUUUGUUCAUUUCGGAAAAGUUUAAAAAUUUUUUAUACAUAAAUGAACAGAAGAAGAGAGAAAUGGUUACUCACCACUCGAACAUAUUUAAUCAGGAAAUAUUUUAUGAAAGUCCAGGUGGAAACUAUAUUCCUGUAAGGAAAUUAUACAAUAGAAAAUUGUUUGAGUACGAUUUUAAACCCUUAUACGGGAUGGAAAAAUUCAAUGAGGUGGAUCAGAAGAAGGAGAAAAAGGGAAAAGCAAGAAAACUGUCUAAUCAUUGCUGGUACAGGAAGUCACGUAUUUGUCUUCGUUCCAAAUCUUAUUGUUCGAUUCCAAAUUUAUAUGAAGUAUUUUUCCCAAUAAAAGAGUAUUACAUCUUAUACUGCACGAGUGGUAAAAAGAAACACAUAAUGUCAAAUGUUUUGAUAGAAAUGAGAAAAGGGAUAAAAAUAAAGAAUUCAGAAAUAAUAACUCAGAAUAAUUUCCCUGUUCAUUUCAAGUAUCCAUCUUCCAUUCAAGUUACCAUUUUUGACAAAUAUGUAAGUAAGUUACAAGUUGUAAAUGAUUCCAAAAUUGGUCUGUACAAAAAUAAUGACUAUUACAUGAAAGCAUUUUUGAUAGAUGAAAAUGAAAAUGUUAUCCUAAGCAAUGAACCAUUUGUGUACACAUUAGAUGAAUCACAUCAGGGAAAUCUUCAGCAGAUUUGUUUAAAAGACAAAUCACACUAUUUGGAAAUACAAAAUGAGAAAAGGAAAAAUAUUAUCAAAACGGAUAAUAAAAUAUUGAUAAAUUGUAAGGAAGAAAAGAAUAAUUCGAAUCAUAAUAUAAAAGAAUACACAAAAGGAAUGAACAAUUUUAGAUAUUGUUCAGGUGGAAACUUUCUGCUAACUGUUCAAUAUACUUCUCAGGACAGUGCAGGCAUUAUUUCCUAUCAUUUUGAAAAAUAUGUAUCUCUUCAGUUUUAUGACAAAUUAAGUACUCCUUAUGAUAAUCUUGUGUUCUUUUUCUCUCCACAUGUGUAUUACGCACUUCCGAUAUGUACCAUUGCACCUAGUGGUACUUUUCCUAUUCAUGAGCUACGACAUUCCAUAAAAGGAAAAAACAAAAUUAGUGUAUUGGAUUCAUCUGAAAUGGAAAAAAUGCAUGAUAAAAAAAGAAAAAAAAAUUACCUACUAGUGGAUUCGAUUAGUACAAACAAUCCUUUAGAAAAAUGCACAAAAUUGUAUAUCAAUUCUUCUGUGCACGAAGCGAAAGGAAUCAUGAGUAUACAAAACGGACUUGUAUAUGAAACGGAUUAUUUAGAUAUCCAUUUUUCAUUUGAAAAAUUGACAAGAGUGAAAAUAUCUCUCAUGUUUAGAAAUGCAGAAAAGAAUGAUUAUACAGGAGUCUAUGUCCCUAUGAAAGUCGAAUUUUUUGGAAAACAUAACGCAAAAUUGAAUUUGUUACCAACACAUGGAUUGAAAAUAAAAUUAUCUUAUGAUUACAGCAAACGAAUUCGUAUGAUGCCUCUAGACAUGUCCACUAAUGAAUGGAAUAAACAGAUAAAGGAAAUAAAAAAUAUCAAAAUUGAGACAGAGAAGGAAGAAAGGUGUUUAUCUUCUGAUAUGUUUUAUAAAAUACAUAGUUCCAAUGAGGGUAAGUAUUAUAUACAAGUCGAAGUAAAGUACAGAUUAUACAACAGAUACAUUUCAGUUCUGUCAAAUAUGGCACGUUUAAUUGUUUACUCAAAGGGUGAAUCCUUAUAUGGUCAAAGGAAUAACAUUUUGCUAUACCCAUAUAAUCAAACCGUAGAAUUAACCUUUCAGUUAUGUCAUCCAUUAAUACAUAAUGUUUUAUGCAUUUCAAAAAACAAAUCAAUAGUUCAAGUUGAGCAAGUGCUAAAAGUUCAUGAUAAAAAGUGUACUUAUGUUUUUUGUUUAAUAAAAUCAGGAAAUUUAGUAGGAAAUGCAGAAAUUCAUGUAUACCCAAUAUUUGAAAGUUAUUAUGCUAUUUUUAAUUAUCCAAUUGGAAAGCAGGAAUUUAAGAAUAUGGAGAAAUUUGAAUGGGACUUUUACCAUUUAGAAAAGUAUUAUGAUAGUUAUAUCAAAAAUUGUAAUAUGUCUAAAAAAUGCAAAGAUAAUAAUUGGUACACUUGCAUAGAAAUCCAAGAAGAAAAAAAUGUAAGAAAUUCUUUUUUCUUCAAAAUUGUUGUAACUGUUGAUUAUAUACGAUCCAUGAAACUCUUUUCAGAGGACACUGUUUAUUUAGUACAAAAUGAAGAAGUAAAUGCCUCCGCUACUUUUUAUAGCAAUGUGGAUCAUAUGCUUUCACACACCUACGUAGACUUUCGCUUAAUUUAUGAGAAAACAGGAGCUCUGUUUAAGGUAGAGUAUUUUGUUAAUAACCAAAAUGUUCUGUUGAAUGAAAAACAAACGUGGCCCCACUUGGAGUGGAGACAAAAAGAUAGAACAAUGGAUCAGCAGAUUGAUAAGCAGAUUGAUAUGCAGAUUGAUAUGCAGACUGAUAUGCAGACUGUUAUGCAGACUGAUAUGCAGACUGAUAUGCAGACUGAUAUGCAGACUGAUAUGCAGACUGAUAUGCAGACUGAUAUGCAGACUGAUAUACAGACUGAUAUGCAGACUAAUAUGCAGAUUGAUAUGCAGAUUGAUAUUCAAACCGGUGGGAGAAGAAAAAUCGUUAGUGAUUUAAGAAUCACGCCAGAUGCGUUUCUAUCAAUUAAGGCAUACAAGGAAGGGAAGUAUUUUCUGUACUUGAAUUUUACAAAAUGUAGUAGCAAUUCCAAUCAUGGGGAGGAAGUAAUCCUUUCCAAAGUGUACAAUAUCAUUGUCCAGAUGAAUGAAGCCAGAAGUGGUACAACAAUCCCAAUUGUUUACCUAUGCACAGAUGGUUUUUACAAAUUUGAUACAAAUUUUCACUUUUUCAAAAUAUUAAACAAGUGGAAUUAUGAACGUGAAUUCACCUUGUCAUCUGUAAAAAUGUUGCAAACAGAAAAGAAUAACAUUUUAUAUAAUGCAUAUUAUUCUGAUAAAAAAAAGAAAUUUUAUAAAAAAUUGCAAAUUAAUAUAUCAAAAAUUGUAGGUGCAAAGAUAUACAAUUACUAUAGUAAAUAUAUUCCCCUAAACAUUGUCCAAUAUUUGUAUAUCCAUUUCUAUAAUAAACAAAUGGAAAGGGUUUUCCUCCCAUUGAAUGCUGAGGUGUAUAUACACAUGUCGCACCCAACAGUAUUAACGGUCAGAAUGAUUGAUAAGAAUCAUAUGUUUAUAAUACCUCAAAAAUUGGGUUGUUCAUUUAUUUAUAUACAUUUAAAAUUUUAUCGUAAAAAUACGUUGGAUAGCAAUUUAUUCGACAAAAAUGAUGAAUCACCCCCAAUUGUAAAAAUGCACUUAUGUGUUACGAAAAAAGUUUUAACAAAAUAUUUUCAAAAAAAAAAAAAUUAUUAUUACCUCAACAGGGUAUAUCAAAUGUUCUAUCAUUACCCGAAAUGGUUUUUCAGUCAGCCAUAUCUUUGCGUAAAUUCUCUGUUGACACACCCUUCCAAAUUUGGUACUACAUUAAAUAAGGAUAAUUUUUAUCAGGCUUAUAAACAUUAUCGCCCAAACACUAUGGUGGGCCAUUUAGACGCCCUUUUCAAUCCUCCUACUACACACUUCUCCAUAAUUAAUGAUCACAUCUCUGGGUUGGUCAUAUGA